AUGAAACUAUCCCUGUUAAUAUGCACUUUUGGUGCCCUGACUCGAGCAGCAACGACGCCAACUGCGGAUCUAUCAAUCUUUGGUAAUGCAUUCUUGUCUGUGACCAGCUCGAACACCUACGGCACACCAAACUCUCUUUUACCUUUCUUCAAAUCAACAGGUAUCGUGACUAAUUCAGGAACAUUUUCGAAUUUCUCUUUAACCAUUUGUCAAGAUUCUUUCGCACAUCCAUUAUUAUGCCAUCAAAUGUCAAGUUAUCUUGGAGCGGUAUACGUUUCUUAUCUUGAAAAAGAAACACCAGGUCAAUUGAUUUCUCAAUUGGGUGCUUUAAGAACAACUCAACUGGAUAGAUUAAUCAGAACCAUCUGUCCUUCUUCCUCUCAAACACCAGGAUGUUCUGUAUUGGUAUCACAAUGGAAAUUGAUCAAAUCUUCACCUCGUCCCACUCGCCCGACCGAUACACUCCUCUCUAGCGGUAUCAUCAACCUCAUCGAUUCCGCCCUAUCUCUCACUUCCACUUCUUUACUCGCCCCCUUAGGUAUAAGAGAAAUGUCUUCUUUCCCACGUUCCAUGAAGACUUUAGAAUAUGGAAAUCGACCUCGACGAGAGAUAAUCUUCAAUCCUAGACUUAGACGGUUUUGA